CUAGACUUGUAUCGCAGACGCCUACAGGGGGAACAUUUGUUGUGAUCAGGAGGUUGUCAGGGAACUACUGUGAGAUUUUCGCUCAAAGAUGCGGGUUUAACCACUUCACGACUUGUUUUUUUUUCGACUGGUGCUAUAUAGUACAAUACAGUGAUUCACACAUCAUAAAAAUGGAUUAUAAAAUGACCUGCCAAUUGAGAUCAACAAGUGUUCUAGCACAGACAUGGACUUUAGGAAUUGUGUUUUUAAGCUGUUUAUCACACAUUCAUGCAAUAACCACGUCCGUGGUCUUGUUGAAUGCAGUUAGUGUUCAGACCGGGUCCGUGUCUUCAUUUAACUGUACUGUUACUGGUUCGGGGCCUGACCCCGCAAGUGUUGUUUGGUCGAUUCGAGACACCAGCGGGAACCUGUUAUCAAGCGCAAGCCUGUUUACCACACAACUAUUUGGCACAGCAGACAGCACUGACGGGUCUGUGAUCAGUCAGGGGACGUUUACUGUCACGCAGAGUCAUCUAGGGCAGCGCCUCUUCUGCACAGUCACUGACCAGGGGUCUAGUUCUACCACUAGCAUUUAUACAGUGAUCACCGCAACAAAUCAAGCAAAUCUUGGGCAGACCUGCAGUGCAGCAAUAUCGUGUUCCCCAGCAAACUCCCGGUGCAGCAACAAUAUCUGCGUGUGUUCAACUGGCUACACAGUGAAUGGAAACACAUGCAAUCAGAUCCAGCUUGGUGACAGCUGUGCGAGUUCCAGCUGUCCGGUCGCAAACUCCAUCUGCAACUCCCAGUCUAUCUGUGCCUGCAACACCAAUUACUACGCCAGCUCAGGAAGCUGUAUCCUUAAAAAACAACUCGGUAGUAGCUGUCCUGUUGGCAAUAGCCAGGCAUGUGCACCAAGCGACUCCCAGUGCAGUAGCUUCCAGCCUUACGUGUGCGAGUGUCAGAACGGCUACGUACAGUCAGGAUCCACUUGUGUCCUGAGUCAAGUGAGUCUUGGCCAAGCGUGUGUGAAUCCAGUCCGUCAAUGCUAUAUUGUACAUUCGAACUGUAAUGGCUUUGUCUGUGUGUGUGACUAUCAAUACGAACAGUCGAACAACAUCUGUAUUCUUUCACCCGCGGGUCUCGGUGAAUCCUGCACCAAUCCCAGCCGCACGUGCAGCGUGAGUGACUCCACAUGCACCUUUGGCACAUGCCAAUGCUCAAAUGGCUUUGUCAGUAGUGGCAGCACGUGUAUCACAAGCACGGCUGGCCUGGGAGACUCUUGUUCAAACCCUUCUCGCUCAUGCACUGUGUUGAACACGGUAUGUGAUCCAUUUUCUGGGUACACAUGCCAGUGCACGGGAAAUUACGUGCAGUUUGGAAACCAGUGUAUUGCCAACUAUGCUACGAUUGGUCAGUCCUGCAUAAACCCUUCAAGAACCUGUUCAACAACAAACACCAUCUGUGGCCAGGGGUCGGGCGUUUGCGUCUGUUCAUCUAACUACUUUCAGUCUGGAUCUACUUGCUAUCUUAGCAAUGUGGGACUAGGAGACCAAUGUUCCAACCCAACUAGGACAUGCUUGACAACAAAUUCGCUGUGUGGCAGCAAUGGUUUCUGCGAGUGCGCCUCUGGAUAUUUCCAGUCAGGGUCCCUCUGUUAUGAAAGCUCAGUUGGUCUCAAUCAGGCCUGUACAAAUCCCAGUCGUACAUGCUCAGUUACUAAUUCUAUAUGCGGAUCGUCUGGUCUGUGUGUGUGUGGAUCGGGAUACGUCCAAUCCGGAUCGUCAUGCAUCACUAGCACGGUGAAUCUGGGCGACUCGUGCGUGAAUCCCACUCUGACUUGCAGCGUGCCAAAUUCCUCGUGCGGAGUUUCCGGCACAUGCACGUGCUCUCAGGGCUACACACAGUCAGGAUCUACAUGUGUAUCAAACUCUGCGGGGCUCGGUGAAUCGUGCACAAGUCCGACUCGCACAUGCGUAGAUGCUAAUACAGAGUGUAAUGCUACAAACGGCACAUGUGAUUGUGAGAGCGGCUACGUAUCUAAUUCAGUCACAUGCAUCAGUGAAUCGGUAAACCUUGGAGAGUCGUGCGUAAAUCCUUCUCGCACGUGCAUCGUGUCCAACUCCCAGUGUUCACAGGGUGUGUGCUCGUGCCAGAGCGGAUAUGUUGCAUCAGGAAACUCCUGUAUCCUGCCUGUGGCGGGACAGGCUUGUGUUUCUUCCGUGGGCUGUGUCGCUACAGGAUCGGUGAAUCCAUCAUGUGUCAAUAAUGUCUGCGAAUGUCCAAACAACUUCUUCAUCUUCAAUGCUGGGUGCAAUGCCAAGGCCAGUAAUGGCCAGCCGUGCUCCAGCCAGGUCAGCAACUCUUGUCAGGAUAUACACGCUUCGUGCACAGGGACUUGCACGUGUAAUACGGGAUACGCUCUCCAAGGCAGCACGUGCACACAAACCACUACAACCACUUCCUGUCCAGCAAACACACAAAAUCCGUUCACAGUGAAUGGAGCUUCUAACUUCCCAAGUACGUAUGUUGGAGCAACAUGUUACGAAGUGAACCUUCACGAAUCCACCCAGAUGGUAUGUGAAGAUGCCAAGGGACAGCCACUUUCGGCAGCAGGCUGGUAUCAUAUGCCAAGCUUUACAGCUGUGAGCAUCUCCACAGGUGGCUUCAUUAACGGUGACAUCUCCAACACGGACCUGACUGUAUCUAACGCUCUCAGCAACUACACCGGGGACUACAUGUGUCGCCUGUGUUACUCCUCCAGCAGGUGCACCAACAGUACAACUGUCCAGCUACGAGUGCUUGGAACAGAGAUCCAGUCUUCGACCCUGUCUGUUUCACCAUCGGGAACAAUCACGAAAGGAAGCACAGUGACGCUCACCUGCAGCACAAGCCCCACAGGCGUGGCAUCAACAUACAUUUUCUACAAGGACUCAACAGUCAUCCAGUCGACCACACAAUCCACAUUCCAGAUACAGAACGUCCAGACGACACAUAUCGGCUCCUACCGAUGUAACGCUUCUAACACGUACAAUUCGCAGGUUUCCAGCUCGGUGGCUAUCAAUGUCCAGUAUUCUCCUGAAUUCACUCUGUCAUCUGGCACCAGCACCCAGACAGUUACACACAACUUUGACGAUGGUGACCUCGUCAUCACUUGCUCCGGAUUCUCGGCUAAUCCUGCGAUCUCUGCAUACACCUUUUACAAUGAGGCAGGCAGUCAGCUGGCAAGUAGCGCUAGUGCAUCAUACACUGUGAACUCUACUCAAGGAUAUCAGAUCUACUACUGUCGAGCGACCAACAGCCUCGGGACAUCUAACGAACAGUAUAUUGAUGUGCAGGAGCCUGGCACAGAGCCGGGAGUCGGUGCCUCCACUGAAAACACUGGACUAGGGACCGGAACCAUCGCUGCCAUCGUGCUUGGAAUCAUAUUCCUUCUACUGCUCAUCAUCAUCAUCAUUGUCUGCUGCUGUAGCUAUGGAUGGUGUCGUAAGAAGGAGAAGGUUGAACCGGAGAUCCAUAUCGUGUCCCAGCCACCUGUCAAACCCUACAUUCCAAGGACUAUUGUUUCUGCCACACCUUCUGUCCGCACAACUAAAGAGGUUGGGGUGAUGAUGAACGGCUACACCGACGCAAGUGUGAGCACGGAGGAGUAUGAGCCUUAUGUGGCCUCACCCCGCUACUACCUCAAACCUGCCACCAGCACCGGACCUAUCAUCUCAAUGUUUGACGACUCGUAUGAGCAACCGAGAGCGCACCAGCUUCCUGCCCUUGACACGCAGUAUUUGUACUCAGAUGAUCAUAAACCUCGCCACAAGAAGAAGCGCCGCAAGCAUCGUCGCAGCCACCGUGAGCCUUCUCCCCGUCGUGACGUCUACGCGGAGGUCACUCCUCCUAGUGACGAGGACCUUGUUGUAGUUCCGGGCAAGCAGAACUAUAUGGAGGCAGAUGCAUAAUGCUGCAUGGCUACAUGAUUUGUUUUUCGUACUAAUUUUUUCGGUCGCAAAUACUGUAAGACAGUUUUAAGAACGUCAGCUGUCAUACCUAGAGGAGGGUCUUGUCUUGGAAUCUGUAUAGAAAUGCAUUAUGAACGAUCGAAUGGAGAUUCCAAAUACGUAAAUGUUAAUGAUUUAUUGUUAACGGCAUUUUAUCGUUGUUUAGUAUGAUAUUGAGUUUUUUUUUAUUGUUACAAGAUAACAAGCUAUUGCUUUAUGAAGUGUAUGAACACUAUUUUAAGAUAAUUCAUUUUAGCAGUUUACAUCUUAACUGUGAUAUUUGUAGAUGUGUAAAGUAAAUGCUCAAAGUUUGUUUAUGUGCCUCGUGAAAAAACGCUACUUUUAUAGCUACUUAUUAUCAAAGGAACACUGUGUACCUAUCAAUAAAUCCAACAUGUCAGAGAGUUAUCACCAAAGAGCAUGUAACAAAACAACUCUUUUUAAGUAAGUGGAUUAAAUAAAAUCUAAAAAUUGGUUCGAAAUAAACGUAAGUGUGCAAAGGACUGUUUAUUUUGAAAACAUUUUUCAUCAUUACUCAGACAAAUCAAUUCAAAAGUGACUGUAAGAUAUGUUCGUUGACGAGACUAAAACUAGUUAGUAGGGAUCGCGGGAUAUCAUGACAGGUAGAACAAUCAUGCAUUGUCUAUAUUGAAUAGCUCAUAAUGUGCCCUGUGAGGUAAUAGAUUCUCCUCCAGAACUGAUAGGUCAACAAUUUUCAUAGUUGAUAAGAAAAUGAACAAAAUCAAAAUAGGUUUAAUGCUUUAGUAUUUAUGCGUUAUUUUAAGAGCUUUUAUGUAGAUUCUAGGGUUUUGGAACAUUAACAGGUUUUGUCUUUAGUUUAAGAACAUUAUAUAUAAUGACCGCUAAAUUUUUAAUCGAUGCUCAAGUAAGGUAAAAUCAAUAACCGAAUGAUUGGUUGAUAGGAAUGCAUAAUAAAGGUAGCGUUAAAACAUUGAAUUCUAUAUUAUGAUAUUUUACAUAAAAGUUGUUCAAGUUUAAUCUUGAAUCGGUCCAUUGAGAUGUUCCAUGGUUGUUUGUAGAUUUUAUAUUGUUGAAUUAUUUAUUAUCUGUUUUUCAGUGUACAGGUAGUUUUUUGUAUUUAUAUUACUAGAGAGAUAUUACAUAAUUCCCAGUUAAAGCUGCACUCUCACAGAUAUACCAUUUUUACAACUUUUUUUAUUUUUUUGUCUUGGAAAGAACAAAUUUUUGCAUAAAUAUCUGCAAACAAUGAUAUAAGAUUGCUGAUAAAAAAUCAGAUCGAAGAUUUUCAUAUUUUCUUAGAAAAUUAAUGUUUUAUGGCUUAAACCAACGGUUUAAGAAAAAUGCAUAAAACAUCAAGUUGUCAAAACAUUCAUUCUGUGAGAGUGCAGCUUUAAUUAUUUUGUUACUAUGAGCUGUGAUUCUGUGCUUUUUAACAUAGUUAAUUUACAAAUACUGAAAACUGAAAAGUUGAUGUUCUAAAUUAUAUAUUAUAUUGCAUUAUUUGAAAAUGUUAUAUUUUAUAAAUAUAAAUUAUGUUAAAAACUUUGAUUUCCCAUGAUGUUUUUACAAGUGAAUGCAAUUAGAAUGCUUAGAUUUUUUAGAUCUUAUUUCAUCUUCUGAACACUUCAGGGUCAUAGUAUUUACCGCAGGGUAAUAAUUUCCGUCCAUUGUUUUAAUCUGUCAUAUAUUGUUUAACAUGAAGGUGUGAUAAGUUUACUAAUACAGUGCUAAAUACUGCACAUUAUCAUAUGCAAAUAUGACAGUAGACAAAGAUUCAUGUAUUAUUGUUUUUGUAUUUUUUACUACAAAGUACAGCAAUGCAAGUUAUAUGCCACUUUUCCUCUGAACACAAAGGUGAACUUAAAUAGGAAUGUGAAUUACAUUAAAAGUACUGUUUGUUAUGCUGUUAGUCUUGGAUUAUCAUUUUUAUAUCUUUUAUUAAAUAAGAAUAUUAGAAUGCAAUACUCAGUGUGUAGCAUAAUUCAUUGUCUCAAAUAUUAACUUCUGAUUUAAUGUUAAUAGUUCACUGCCUCUUACAAUUUUCUGUCAGAUCAGUUUUGAUUGGUUUUCAUUGUAGCAAAUCACUCUUGUACAUCAUGCUAAUAAUAAGAACAUAAAAACUUACUGUUUCAAUUGUGUUGAUGUAAAAUUUAUAAUUUUGAGGAAAAUAAACUACAUGUUCCGUGAUAAGUAUUUUUGUAAUUGUAAAAUUUAUUUAUCAAAUUUUGUUAAGACUUUCAUUAAAAAUUGACAUCAUGCUUAAUCAACAGCAAAACUGUUUACAGAUUUCAGAAAAUCAAUCACUGUUAUGUUGACAACCCAAUAUAUUAUAACUGCAAUACUGUUU